AUGGGUAUCUCAGAUGUGUGCACCAAGAUCUUCGGAUCCUGCUGUGGAGGACGCUCGCGAGACAGCAUCUAUGAUCCCGUGUUGGCAGACAGCGAACGGGAAGCUGUUGCCGACCUGCUGGGCUUCCUCGAGAAUCGCGCCGAAACAGACUUCUUCUCCGGCGAGCCCCUACGCGCAUUAAGCACCCUUGUAUAUUCAGACAACAUCGAUUUGCAGCGGUCUGCGAGCUUGACUUUCGCCGAAAUCACAGAGCGAGAUGUCCGCGAAGUCGACCAGGAGACGCUGGGCCCCAUCCUGUUCCUGCUGCAAAACCCCGACAUCGAGGUGCAGCGCGCCGCGAGUGCCGCGCUAGGCAACCUGGCGGUGAACACCGAGAACAAGGUCGCCAUCGUCACACUCGGAGGCCUGGCCCCGUUGAUCAAGCAGAUGAACUCGCCCAACGUCGAGGUUCAAUGCAACGCCGUGGGCUGUAUCACCAACCUAGCGACCCAUGAAGACAACAAGGCGAAGAUAGCACGCUCCGGUGCGCUGCAACCCCUCACACGACUGGCCAAGUCCAAGGACAUGCGCGUCCAGAGGAAUGCCACGGGUGCAUUGCUCAACAUGACACAUUCAGACGACAACCGCCAACAACUGGUGAAUGCCGGAGCCAUUCCAGUCCUCGUGCAGUUGCUCUCAUCCACAGAUGUAGAUGUGCAGUACUACUGCACCACGGCACUGAGCAACAUUGCCGUCGAUUCCAGCAAUCGUGCCAAGCUGGCACAGACCGAGGGUCGAUUGGUGGGGUCGCUCGUGCACCUCAUGGAGUCCUCGUCGCCCAAGGUGCAAUGCCAGGCUGCCCUUGCUCUCCGAAAUCUGGCAUCCGACGAGCGCUAUCAGCUCGAGAUCGUGCGUGCACGCGGUCUGCCGUCACUGCUACGCCUCCUGCAAUCGUCCUACCUCCCACUUAUCCUAUCAGCCGUUGCAUGUAUACGAAACAUCUCCAUCCACCCCGCAAACGAAUCCCCCAUCAUUGAAGCUGGCUUCCUCCGACCGCUCGUCGAUCUGCUUGGCUCGACUGACAACGACGAGAUCCAAUGCCACGCCAUUUCCACACUUCGCAACCUCGCUGCAAGCUCGGACAAGAACAAGCAGCUUGUGCUCGAAGCUGGUGCGGUACAAAAAUGCAAGCAACUGGUGUUGAAUUCCGAAAUGACUGCAGCAAUCGCCGUCCUGGCGCUGAGCGAGGAGCUCAAACCCCACUUGCUGAACCUCGGAGUCUUUGACGUUCUCAUUCCCCUCACUGAGUCGGAUAGCAUCGAGGUACAGGGCAACAGUGCUGCUGCAUUAGGCAAUCUUUCAUCCAAGGUGGGUGACUACACCAUCUUCAUCCAAAACUGGACAGAGCCCGCCGGCGGCAUCCACGGCUACAUCCGCCGCUUCCUCGCCAGCGGAGAUCCAACAUUCCAGCACAUUGCUAUCUGGACAUUGCUGCAGCUUCUUGAGUCCGAGGACGAACGACUGAUCGAACGCAUUGGCCAAUCGAACGAGGUCGUGCAGAUGGUCACCGAAAUUGCGGACCGCAACAUCGAGUCAGACGACGAAGACAAUGAAGAUGGCGAGGGCGAAGUGGUCACCCUUGCCCGCAGAUGCCUGGAGCUUCUCGGCAAGAGCCCGAAGGCCCUCGUCGAAGGCUAA